CACCCAUAAAACUCUCGUACUCCACACACACAAACACCUUUUCAGAAAAGUGCACAGGUCUGUCUGUCAGAUGAGACGUAGGUUCCUGGACAGAGGAGAAGUCUGGACCUAAUGGAGUCCACCCUCCCCAAAGCUCUAGCUGGAGCCGGCUCUGCAGCUGUCCAGCAGCCAGCGACAGUCCCUCCUGGUGGUUUGCAGCCAAUGGCUGAGGCAGACGAGCCCGCAGACCCGGGCAAAGCAGAGGGAACCAAGAGUCAAUCUGGACACCCUGCAGGAGCAAAAGAUGGACAGGAGUUGAACUCAUUUGACAGCUCUCUGUCCUCCUCGGACAGCGAGGAUGAGGGUAUCGGCAAGAAAGACAAGAAGAAGAAACAGCUGAAGAAGAAGAAGAAGAAGGAGAAGAAAGAUUCCAGCUCAGCAUCAUCAUCAUCUUCCUCCUCUUCUUCUUCCUCCAGCAGCUCCUCAGACAGUGACAGUGAGGAUGACAAGAAGAAGAAGAAGAAGAAGAAGACGAAGAAGCAGAAGAAGAAGAACAAGGAUGAGAAGAAAGAGUACGGCUGGGACAGUGUUAGCAUAUCUGCUCCUGACGGCCAAAUGGAAGAACGGUAUGCAGAAGGUCUGAAGAUGAGCCAGGAUUUUGACUCAUCAGAUGACGAGAACGACAAGAAGAAAGAGAAGAAGAAGAAUAAGGACAAGAAGAAGAAGAAAAAGAAGAAGAAGGAUUCUUCCUCAUCUGACAGUUCAUCCUCCGACAGUGAGGAUGAAAAGAAGAAGAAGAAAAAGAAGAAGAAGAAGAAGAAAAAGAAGAAGAAGGCCUCCAGCUCCUCUUCCUCAGAUAGCUCUUCGUCAUCCUCCUCUGACAGCGACGACGACAAGAAGAAAAAGGACAAGAAGAAAAGGAAAAUGAAAGACAAGAAAAAGGAUUCCAGCUCUUUACCACCAUCUUCAUCUUCUGACAGUGAUAAAGAGAAGAAGAAAAAGAAGAAGAAGGAUAAGAAAAAGAAGAAGAAGGAUAAGAAAAAGAAGAAGGAUAAGAAAAAGGAUGAAGAGCAGAAUGAGCUCUGCAGUGCUACUGCUCUUUUAGCAAUUGUACUGCUGGACUCCUCUGCAGAUGGUGAGCUUGCAGGACCAUGUGCCGACGGAGAUAAAAAGAAAGAUGAAGUUGCUGACAAGGCCAAGAAAGAGCUUAAAGCAACGGAGGAAGGCAAACUGUCCUCUGGAUCAGCAGCAGGGGGAGCAAAGGCAUUCCCUAUUGGUAUUGAGGAAGGCCACCUGAGUGAUGAUGAGGGAGAAGGAGGGGAGGAGGAGGAGAAGGAUAAGGAGAAGAAGAAGAAGAAGAAGAAGAAGAAGAAGAAGAAGAUGAAGAAGAAGAAGAAAAAGGAUUCUGAUUCAUCCUCAGACAGUGAUGAGGACAAAAAAGACAAGAAGAAGAAAAAGAAGAAGGUAAAGGACUCCUCCAGCUCCUCUUCUUCAUCUGAUAGCUCCUCCUCAGACAGCGAAGAUGACAAUAAGAAGAAAAAGAAGGUGAAGAACAAGAAGGAUAAGCUUUGUGCCUCCUCCUCAUCCUCUGAUAGUGAAGAGGACAAGAAGAAGAAAUAUAAGUGGCUGAAGAAGAAGGAUAAAGAUUCCAGCUCUUCCUCCUCGUCUUCGUCCUCUGAUAGUGAAGAGGACAAGAAGAAGAAGAAGAAGUGGCUGAAGAAGAAGAAGGAUUCCAGCUCUUCCUCCUCUGAUAGUGAAGAUGACAAGAAGAAGAAGAAGAAGAAAAAGAAGAAGAAGGAGAAGAAGAAGGAUUCUUCCUCAUCUGACAGUGAGGAUGACAAGAAGAAGAAGAAGAAGAAGAAGAAGAAGAAGAAGUCCAGCUCUUCCUCCUCUACCUCGGAUAGUGAUGAUGACAAGAAGAAGAAGAAGAAGAAGAAAGAUAAGAAAAAGAAGAAGAAGAAGGAUAAGAUGAAAAAGAAGGAUUCUUCUUCUUCUGACUCCUCCAGUGAUUCUUCUAGUGAUGACGAUAAGAAGAAAAAGAAGAAGGAUAAGAAGAAGAAGAAAAAGAAAGACAAGAAAAAGGACUCAGAUUCUUCUAGCAGUGAUGACGACAAGAAGAAGAAAAAGAAGAAAGACAAGAAGAAGAAAAAAAAGGACGACAAAAAGAAGGACUCCAGCAAGAAAAGUAAAAAGGACAAGAAGAAGAAAAAGAGUUCGGGCUCAUCAGGAAGUGAAACUGACAAGAAGAAAAAGAUUGAAAGCCCUGAUGGUGAGCAAAGUGGCCUGCCAAAAACGGAAGUUUCAAGCUCAGUUGGUGGCGGCCUUUCAGCUCCCAGUGACAGCUGCUCUAAGACAGGCGGUUCUUCUACUUCUGUCUCCUUCGUGUCACUCCCCUCCAAACCCAUGGUGAAGCUGGAUCCCCUGAGUCAUUCAGCUUUCUCCAAGCCCUCUGUCUCUGGCUCUUUCCUGAGUAUGGGAGAUAGGGCUCCCAUUCGCAGACCUCCCAGCCCCAUGGAGUCUCUGAUGGCGAACCCAAGGAGGUAUGGAGACGGAGCGACCCGUUCCACCUCCCACCUCACCUCUAGUGACAUAUUGAGAGGCACCAAGCCUUACUAAUAAUGAGAUGUCAUAGAUCAAAAUAGAUGUUAUGUAUUUCUUAAAAAAUGAUGAAGGAUGUUGUGUGAUGUGAUAUGCUCUAAUGAUGUUCUUACCACCCUGAUUUUAUUCACAAAUAUUAUGAUAAGAGGUUACUAUAUAAAGAUGCAUUGUGACAUGAUGAAACAUUUUAAGUUGAGGAAGAAAAUUAUACCAUGAUAAAUGACUAUAUAUAUAGGCGAUACUUUUUAAUUGUUAAGAAAAUGCACAUUAGUGGCAGAAAUAUCAAUUCACAAUCACAUGAAAUAAUUCAAAAUCCUUACUUUGCUGAAUAAAACUAUGUGAUUUUA